AUGGAGACAACGCAACCAGAGGUCGCUGGCCCUCCCGGCGCACGCACCGCAUGUGGAAGCUGUGCGAUCCGUGGAAAGACUUGCAGGGUUAAAGAAGGAGAGACCGCCUGUACUAGAUGCUCGCGUCAUGGGCUCAAUGAGUGCGAUGCGUAUUUUGCAAUGGUGCAACGCCUUAAGGAUGAGAAAGAAUCCAAAGACAAACUUAUCGAUGAGGUCGCUGACCUGCGAGAAGAAAUCGCCACUUUCUUGAGGAAUACACCUGGCGCAGUGUCCCUGUCUGAUGCAGUUAUCCGUCUGAGAAAUCUCCGCAUCGAAUCAGGAUCCGGAGGUAGUACAGCCCCAACGGAAAGUGAUCUCAUCUCAGAUGGUGUUGUCUCCCUAGAAGAGGCAGAAGAUCUGUUCAACAUGUUUACUACAUGUGUUAAUCCGCUUCUAUGGGAUGGGCUUCUCAUGCAACAUAAGACUCUGGACUCUACCCGCAGGUCAUCGGCGAUGCUAACGGCAGCCAUCCUUUCUAAAUGCCACGAAGUCUUUGUAUCUCUCUCCCUCAUGCGGAGGUUGAUGGAUCCUCACCAUAAUAGCUUGGACGAUGUUCGCGCCUUGUGCAUUGGUGCAUUCUACUUCAAGUAUAUGGGGGAGCAGCUUUCUAGCGAGGCCAUUCGCAUUGCAAGCGAGCUCAGCCUAGAUGAAGCCUUCUAUCGGUACAUGCGGGGCGAGGUAGCUGAUAUGGAACAGGACGUUGAAUACAAGCCGAUCUGGGAUAUGACGCGGAUUCCCAGUCCAGAUUUUGCCAGUGACGAAGACCAAAGGCUAAUCGCCCUCGCUCUAUACUUCGAUACUCUGGCAAAUGCCCAUGCGACCUUCUACACAGAUUGCAGAUAUCCACUGAAAAAGGAUGAUAUGGUGACAAUACGCGCGUUAGAAGACGCAGUUAAGCGAUGCCUGCAGAAGUAUCCGACUGGAACAUUCCAUACCGACCACCCUCACUCUUCUUUCCCCCAGGAUUUUAAAAACGUGUUUCACGCCUUUGCUCAGUUUCAGCUCUACUCUCUGGCCUUUCGUGGGAUCUUUUCUUAUGAUAAUAGUCCGACGAAUUUCGAAGCGUGGACAUUUGAGCAUUGCCGUACUGCGCGUGCUGCAAUUGACGCGGCUAUAAGAGUACUGUCCGUCAUAGGGACUGACAGUGAUCUCUCGUUGAAUCUCCGCUAUGUUCCCAUUAAUAUUCAUCAGAUGGUGGGAUUCUGUGCUUCCUUUCUUCUAAGAAUUGUCGGAUUAAAUAUGGGCCUGGCGGGCAGCGCUACAGGUGACAUUUUUCAACUCAAGCUGCCUAUUGAUUCUGGGCGCAUUGUCCACAUUGGACUACGCGUAGCCCGGUGUCUGCUUACAAAAGGUGCCGAUCUCAACGAGGAGCAUACGUGUAAUAUCGUGGGCACGAGUUUGAUGAACAUGUUGCAGAUGCUUUCUGACUUGCAUUGGGCUAGCACUAGCGAGGUACCAGUACACGGAUGGGGCCAACUGCUACAGUACCCGUUGACAGACAUCGAUGCGUCUAUUGCUAGUUAUCCUGAUGGAACAUUCGGCAUUGGCUUCAAUCACCUACUGCCAUACUGGUUUGAAAGACAGGAAAUAAUCUAG